AAUAUAGUAAUUCAGAAUAUAGUAGUCCAGAACUUUUAAUAUAUGAAUUAGAGAAUAGUAAUGAGGAAAAUUUUAGUAAUGAAGAAAUAGAACUUACUGAAGAAGAAGCUAAACAAUUAAUAUAUGAAAAUAUAUUUCUUGAAAAAAUAAAAUACUUUGAAUCAUUAAUACCACAAUUUGUUAGUAAAAAUAUGGACAUAGCCAUUAAUCCUGAAAUAAAUGAAGAACAAAAAAUUCAUAUUUUUGUUACUUAUAAUGAGUAUACAUUCUAUGCUAAUGAUAGUUAUCCCUCUAUAUGGGCUCCCUUGACCUGUGGUUACUUUAUAAUUACCUCUACAGAAAUAAGUGAAUUAAAUUUGCUACUAACAUUUCUACAAGAAGCUUGA